AUGACAACCAAUGGUGGGGAGGAAAGAACUCCCAAGAAGCGAUGCGUGCGAGGGUUUCAGAGCAGGUCAGAGGCAUUCGAUGCCUGCGUGUUGUGGGUAAGGGAGAGGGGAGGGGAGGUGGGGCCUAUCGUACUCCGUGAGGGUGAGGGUGGGGAUUGCGGCGUCUUCACGAGCAGCGCAAAGAUCAACAAGGGGCACGAGCUUGUGAAGGUCCCGACAUGCUGUCUCCUGCUGGGAAGACAAGAAGACAUCGAGGGAAUGAAGUUGAAACUUAAUAGAGGCGAGCGAGACUGCGAAAGAGACGUUGCCCUCGCCCUCGCCCUCCUCCACCAUCGGAACCUCAAAGAGUCCUCAGCCUUUCACGCCUACAUCUCAACCCUCCCACCUCAAGAUCUCUUCACGUCACUCCCGGCCUGGUGGUCGCGGGAGGAGCGGGAGGAGCUGCUCGGCUCCUCUGAGCUUGCAGAUGCCGCCACCACCAUGGCGUCCAAUGCCGACCAGGACUACGAAGAGCUCAAAGCUGCUGGUCGUAUGUCCUCCUCCAAGGGAGAGUUCUUGUGGGCGCUUGCAUGCGUGUCAAGUCGCUCGUUUGACGCCGACGAGCUGGGAGAGGUCAUGGUCCCCAUCCUCGACUGCUUCAACCACAAGAGGCCCCGAGACACCGCGUACAGCUACAGACGCGAAGAGGCCCCGGCACGUGCCGGCUUCGUGCUCACGUCACUGAGGGACCUAGGGGAGGAGGAGGAGGUGUACAUCGCAUACGGAGCGAAAGGGAGCAGAGAGCUGCUGCUCAACUACGGCUUCUGCGUGAUGGACAACGUGGAGCCAGAUGGGUCCAUGAACGACACGGUGAACGCGUUUGUGCAGUACCCCCCAGACGAGUGGGCGAAGAUCCGGUCGUGCGUGCUUGCUGACAGCAAGGCAAAGCUGAAGCGAUGGGGAGACGAGCAGAAGCGCUUCGCUCCUCUCCGAUGCGCUCCGCAAGCUUCCUACACGUACCAGCCCUUCACGCGUCUGCUGGACGCCUGCCGAGUGAUCCUGUCCGGCGACGAGCCACAGGGCGACGAGCUCGACGUGGUGGAGGAUGGAGCAGGACAAGAUUUGGGAGGUCAAAGCGAUGAAGCAUCAUGGGAGAUGGAGGAACUCGGGGAUGAAGAACCAGAAGGGGAAGAGGACGAGGACCAGGACCAGGACCAGGACCAGGACCAGGACGAGGAUCAGGACGAGGACACUGCUACAGGGAAAGCCGAGAGAAAGAUGGGGAUGUAUCUUCAGGACAUGGAGGCGCUCAAGAUGCUCAAGUCAGCGUUGGAGGAGCAAGCGGCAGGUUACAAACUGAGCCAAGAUCGCUGCAUCGACAUCUUACGAGCACACGAGAGCUCGAGCUCGAGCUCGCAUGACAAGACUCGUGGAAAGCUCCUGCGCCAGGUCUUCGCUGCCUGUGCCUCUCUGUCAGGUGCUUGUUGCUUCAACGUCUCCUCGCUCAUCCUCCCGGUAGCUAUCCGGACUCUUGCCUUCUACUCCCAUGCAGCUUCACUCCUCAUCUCCUACCUGCAAUCCGACGACAAGCGACUCUUCUUCCUCCGCACUACCAAGAGUCUUGAACACACCAAGGCGCGUCCCGCAUCCAGCGACGCAGACGACGGGAGGAGCGGGUCGCUUGCGAGCAUGCUCAGACACACAAGGCACGAGCUCGCUGCCGGCGUUGCGGUAGCCUACAUGCAGGUCAGGUACGGGCAUGGCUAG